AUGGCGUCCCAUUCCGACUCCGACCACGAGGCGCAAGCUGAAGCUGCCGACUCGAGAGGCCCCCAGCCAGACAAUCCCGUACCAACAUCCAAUAACCCAUCCUCCUCCCGAGUCCGCGAUCUCUGCCUGAGCCUCCCCAAACUCAAUGUCAAUAGUGAUGCCGCGGUCGAGCCCUUGCCGAUCGUAUCCUUCCCGCAGUUCGGCCGCCUCGUCAUCGAGCUCCGCCGCAAAAUCUGGAUGCAUGCCUCCUUUCACCCUCGAAUCGUCCCCGUGAGGACUCGCAUGGACGACCCCGCGCCCGCGUUCGGCGGCGCCGAGCAGCUGCAGGCGCAGUCGCGUGUCCCUGCCGUUCUGCACACCUGCGCCGAGUCCCGGAUCGAGGCCCAGCGCUUCUACACCAUCUGCAUCGCCACCUCAACCCGACGGCCCACCGUCACCAGGAACCUCCGCGCCGCCACGGCAGGAGGAGAAGGAGGAGCCGACCACGCCGCCGCAGCCGGAGCCGGAGCCGCAGCCGCAGGAGAAAAAGAAGAGCCCCACGGCUGGAACUUCGUCAUCCACCCCGGCCACACACUCCCCGAGGCAGAAGCCCGAUUCCCGCAGCUGCUGGGCCACGACAAUAACAACAACAACCUCAACCACAGAACCCGCUACGAGCGCAUCCCCAACAGAAUCUACUUUGUCAACUUCGCUGCCGACCUCUUCUGGCACCCCCGCCUGCACGCAACAACCCGCAAUCCCUUCCGACUCUUUCUGUUCCGCGGCCCACCACCACCACCUCCUCCUCCUACUGUCUCUCUCAGUCUCGCUCUGGCUCCGGCUGUUACUCCUGCUGGUGCUGGUGCUACUGCUACUGCUACUGCCGCCGCCGGCACACACCCGCUCAUCUCGCAACCUAUCCACGGCGUGCUCUUCAUCCGCGACUUCAACUUCGCAGCCGACGUCCUGGCGCGGAUCGAACGCCUCGUGCUGCCCUUUGCGUAUAGCGCUGACAUACUCCCCGUCCUGGCGAGGGUGCCUCUGCUGCGGUCCUGUGCGGCGCUGCGGGAAGUUGCGUGCGAGGUGGCGGCCGUGGAGGGUGAUGCUGUUGAGGAGGAGAGAGGUGUGGAGGAGUUUUUGGAGAUGGUGGAGUGGGAGGGGAAGGUUGUUGAGGUGCUGAGAAGGGAUGGGGGGGAUGUGGUGAAGCCUUUUGAGAGGGUGGGGGUUAGGAUUACUUGGACUCAGGAUAGGGAUCAUGGUGCUGAUGAUGAUCUUGCUCCUGCGAGUGCUGGGGGUAGUGCCGUCGGCGCAGUUCCGUUGAUGGAGAAUGAUGGCUUGGAUUGCGCUGAAUCAGAGGAGAGCGGAGGAUCGUUGAACUGA